UUGGUGGUUUCCUUCUAGGCCCUCUUGUUACCAUCCAGACAGGAAGCGAGCAUGGCCUCCACGUGGGCGAUGGUACUAGUUGUGGAAGUAGCUGUGAUUUCUCUUCGCCUCCACCUUCCCAACCCACGCCUACUUCGUUUUAUGCCACGUAAGUGCUGGGCCCCUGGGUUCAGACCUCCCCAGCACAGAUCCCUUAGAAACACUGAGCCGGGCCCUCGGAUCGCUCUUGGUCCCCUUUGUUUAAGCCCCAUGUCCUCGAGGUCAGGAGCCCUCGCUCCUCACGGUCCUUUGAAAAGAGUUCUGUGCCCGAUGCGGGGAAAGAUCUGCGGCUUGUGGCCUCAUUCAGGGCCGCAAUUCCCAUUGGUUGCUUCUGUGUUUCAUACCAGCCUUUGAAAUCCUGGUAUGUGGUGGAGUUAACAUAAAGGAGCAGAAGGAAUCCUCAGCAUCUCAGUUUGCCAGGCUUUGGGUUUUGAGGCCAAAUACUGUGGUUGCAGCCAACACUACUGUGUGUAUUAUGGCAAAAACUUCAUUUUGCUCUGCUGUGCCCCCCAAGCCCCCAGAUGGACCUGUGCAGUGCGAUUACACAGGCCUAGCUGUGAGCUGCCCCCGGAAUGCAGAACACGCUGUCAGUCAACAUGGGGACACAGACAGCGGCGACCCCUGCAGUGCAGGAGCAGCAAGGCUGGGGGGCUCUGGGCAGUGGUGGCACUGACCCCCUGAGCUGAGCGCUCUGUAAGACACCAGAGCCUUCAUAAUGGCUGAAACCAUGUGUGGCCUGUUUAUCCUCCAGCAACUAAUUAUGUACACCAAGGAGUUACCUGCCCUAAGAAAGGAGGGAGAGGUGACAUUUAAAGUAGAUUACGUAGGUUUUCUUUUAUUGCUUUAAUAGUUUCCAGGCAACAUUUGCUUUUGCUUUUCCAACCAGCAGAAGUGAUCAGAAAAUGAUUAGAGUUUCUCCAGCAGAUGAAAUUCAGAUUUUACAUUUGUGCUGUUUUAUGAGCUGAAACUAUUUUAAGAGCCAAUUUAUGUUUUUCUCUACUAAAAUUAGCUCUAAAAAAAUAAGGGGUAAAGUCAUUGGAGGAUGCUGUUGGCAGCGUGCCCUAAGGCAAGAUACUGUGUUCACCAUUUUCUUUAAAAAAUUAGUCUUAAUUUGAUAUCAUUUAGAGGCGAGCUGUGCUGCAUUUCAUUCAACAAAAGCAGAACCCGAGCCAUCCUCUGCAGAGCUUAGAGGACCAUGGACCUCUGCAUUUGCCCGGGGAAUGCCCCUCAGGGUCAGACAGUUUCUAGAAGCUCUGAACUUUCAGCCUUCUAAUCUCAGAUCUUUCAUUCUCAAAGAACUGCCCUUUUGAACAUUUCUCCCUUCCUGAAAUCUACACCUUUGGGAGCAUUGCUGUUCCGUCUCUGCUGUCUCAUCCUGGAGACUCCCAUUAGAAAAGCUGUUAUUGGCUCACACCACAGCUCUCCACCGAGCCCCAUCCUGACUGAAGACCCAUAAAUCCAAGGCUCUGCAAAGUCAGCUUAAAAUGUGGCUCUUCCUCUCAGCCAGGUUACACAGAGCAAAUCACAGCUUUCAGCCAGGAGGAAGCCAUUCUGACUAAGGAGAAUAAUAGCACUCAUUCUCUUCUUAUCGCUCAGAGCAAGGCAAGAUGUUGAUUGGUUCCAUAAGACUUGCUUUUGUGUUCAGAAAUAAUGCUGUGUUGCUCCUGUGCCUGAACUACAGGAACCUACUGGCAUCGAUUUGCCUCUGCUGGAUCCAGCGAGCACCAUCACCACCAUGACAGGACCCAGUGCUUUCAGCAUCCCUCCCCCUAUCCGGCAGAAGCUCUGUAGCAGCCUGGACGCCCCACAAACGAGAGGUCAUGACUGGAGGAUGCUGGCCCAUAAGCUAAACCUGGACAGGUACUUGAAUUACUUUGCCACCAAAUCGAGCCCAACUGGCGUAAUCCUGGAUCUUUGGGAAGCACAGAACUUCCCAGAUGGAAACCUGAGCAUGCUGGCAGCUGUCUUGGAAGAAAUGGGAAGACAUGAAACAGUAGUGUCUUUAGCAGCAGAAGGGCAGUAUUGACCCACGCUUGGACCGAAAAUGAAGGACAAGAAUGCACAGGGAGUCUGUGUCCGUCUGGGGGAUCACAGCUGAGGAGGAGAGGCAGACCAGACCAAUGAGCUUCACAGGUGACAUGGCAGCAGGAGAGAGGACAACAGACACAAUGACCGAUAUACACGCCCACUUUACUCGGACAUCGUCACGGGAGUUAAGAAUUGUGUAAAUUUGUACCUUGAAUUUAGAAAUCAACCUAAUUUUCCUC